AAAAAAAAUAUAUUUUUCCCAGCUAACAUUCCACACUCUCUCUAGAUCGCCACAGCAUAGGCGAACGAUUCCCCCACACUAGCGUACACACAUUGCAGGUCCACCAAACGUAUACGGUUCGGGCAUUGUUAACAAGAUGCCGAACGACAACGCACGUAAGAAAUAUUCAUACAAUGUGUACGCCCAAACGACUUUCCGAGGUGCGCCCUUACUCUGCCAAGCUCAUACGCGAUAAACACACUUAACAGGGCUGCGGACUAUACCGCGCCCGAAACCUGGUACGUGCGUUCCGGUAACCGGGGCUGCGGAGACUAACAGCCCACCGCACAUAGGAACACGCUCGAAAAUUACUUGGCGCAACUCGUACUACCCUGUACCCGGGCUUCGCGGAAAAAGGACACCGGGUACACUUAGCCCAGGCAACUACCUUACGAAUGCCCGCGCUAAGAAUCUGCUCUCCCUCCUACUACCACCCUCAAAAGCACGGGCGGGCGGGUGGGAAAAACAGAAUACGCUGCAGAAUACCCCACCGACUGUCGCACGGACAAAAAACGCCGGACGCCUCGAUCCCUUUUCUCGACGCGUUCGGAACACAAGUGCGGAAAGAUCACGAGAUUCAAACUGGGGCGGACGACGUGACUACACCGGACGACCCGUUGGAUCGUUGGGAAGGGCUACCCGGCGGGCGCGUGCGUUGAGACUGCGCCAAGAACUACAGGACGCCGUUCCUGGGGCAUUCAACCUGUCUGCCAGCAGUCUGCAAGAAGUCGUGAGGGCUUGGAUAGAGUUCGAACCCGAGUGGGCCGAGGAGGCGAAGAAGAGAUACCUGAACAAGGGCACGUACAACACGUGAAAGUCGAGAAAUUCCGCCCCAUCGACAUGCUGCACAACGACGAGCACGGACAGUACUGGUCCUACCACCUCUUCGAGUACGGCAAGAACAAGGAGGGAUACUGGACCGGGCUCAAGAUGCUGGAGCACAUGGCAGACGUGCUCGACAUGUUAACAGUUCUCUACCCUGAUCGGGCGCCUGUAGGCCUGUUCGACUGGUCGUCCUGUCAUGACUGCCUGGAGGUCGGCGCACCGUCGGUGAAGAGAAUGAACUUGGGUGUCGGUGGUGUGAGGAACGGAGAAGAGCUUGCGCCGAUGGACGCCGUGACCAUCCUCGAAGACACCCCGAAGCUCCCAGCCGGCACGGUACAGCACUUGACGUUUCGGAGGGGGGACCCACCCCCAUUCCACUCCCCGCAUCUCCGGCCGGCCGAGUAUGUCGGAAAGCUGAAAGGAAUGCGGCAGGUCUUGUGGGAGAGGGGGCUCCUGGUCAAAGGCAUGACUAAGACCGGGGGCUCAGGCGAGGAGCAGGACUUAAGGAAGAGCAUGGAACACGUUCUAGGAGAGCAGAAAGACUUCAAGGAAGUUGAUUCUAGUCUGGUGCUGUUAAUGCAGCGCCACGGGGGGGGCUAUCUCAUGCUUCCAAAGUACCACUGCGAGUGUAGCCUGAUCGAACUUGUUUGGGGACGAGCGAAGGACUGGACUCGCAAGAAUUGCACGUAUUCGUUGGAAUGCUUGCGCAAAAACGUGCCGCUGAGUUUUAGAUCAGAGAAGGAUAGGCAGGCUGUUUCAGUGGUCCAGGGCUACUGCAAGAAGGCAUACACACACGCCCUCAUGUACCGCGAGACGCGUGUGGAAGGGCCUGAAGGCAAGAAGACGUACAAGAAGUACAAGUCACACAGGCGCCCGACCCCGAAGGAAUGGAGACAGUAG